CCCCUACUUCCAUCUCGUGGACUCUCCCUCCAAUCUUGACUUGCCAGCUGGUCUAGACAAGGGAACACUGCACCAUCCUCGUCUACAUCUUCAUCCACAAAGAUCUGAGAGAGAGAGAGAGAGAGAGAGAGAGAGAGAGAGAGAGACAGAUUCAAAAAGAAAAUUCCAACAAAACCCAUGGCUCGUGCUGAAACCACACUCCGAGGCGAGAGAAACCAGUUACAAAGAGAGAGAAAGACAUGUCCAUAACAUAGCAAAGAACAAAAUCCUUACCAUCCCAACCAUUUAUCUUUACCUGAAGAAAACAUUCUAGAGAGAGAAGGAAAGACAUGGGUGUUUCAUCGUUUCUUUUGUUGCUCUCUCUGUUCUUCACCACAUUGUGUACACCACCUGUUUGUGGAAAUGCAGAGCUGAGAGCUCUAAUGGACAUCAAGGCCAGUCUAGACCCACACAAUACACAUUUGGGCUCCUGGACUGUAUUGGGAAACCCAUGCGACUUCGAGGGCAUUGCGUGCAAUGAAAAUGGUCAAGUCGCUAAUAUUUCCUUACAGGGGAAAGGUCUCUCCGGCAAGCUCUCGCCGGCGUUUUCUGAGCUCAAACACUUGACUGGUCUCUUCUUGCAUUACAACUCUUUGUCAGGAGAUUUUCCUUCGGAGAUUUCUAACUUAACUGAGCUCAGUGAUUUGUAUCUCAAUGUCAAUAAUCUCUCUGGCAGCAUUCCUGUUGAACUUGGAAACAUGGAGAGUUUACAAGUAUUACAGCUCUGCUGCAACCAAUUUAGCGGAAGCAUACCAACUCAACUCGGAUCGCUAAAAAAACUCACUGUUCUUUCUCUGCAAUCUAACCACCUUAGCGGCGCAUUACCUGCAAGUCUAGGCGAUUUAGCUCUAUUAACAAGGCUCGAUUUAAGUUUCAAUCGUCUCUUUGGUUCGAUACCUACAAGAUUAGCCGAUGCUCCAAUGCUUCAAGUUUUAGAUGUGAGAAACAACACCCUUUCCGGCAAUGUUCCAAUAGCUUUGAAGAGAUUAUCCGGAGGAUUUCAAUAUUCAAACAACCUGGGACUAUGUGGAGUCGAGUUCACAACCUUGAAAGCUUGCAGUGCUUUGGAUCUGUCAAACCCAAACGGCGUCCCAACAAAAAACAUCCCAGAAACCGCUAAUUUGAAAUUAAACUGUAGCGACACACGUUGCUCAAAUUCCUCAAAGACCCCACAAGCUUCCAUUAUUGUUGGAGUAAUCGUAGCAAUCGUGGGAUUAUCAGUCAUAGGUUUCUUAGCAGCUUCAUAUUAUCUUAACAAAGAACAAAAACAUGGCAACGGGUUAGACCCAUCCGAUAUAUGCAUCGAUCAAUUGAAGUCGAAGGAGAUAUGUCGAAAAAACGGGUCCCCACUAAUCAACCUCGAGUAUUCAAACGGGUGGGACCCAUUAGCCGAGGGUCGCCGAUUCGGUGGGGUCUCCCAAGAAGUGAUCCGAAGUUUUCGGUUCAAUUUAGAGGAGAUAGAGUCAGCCACACAGUAUUUCGCUCCUGGAAAUUUGUUAGGAAAAAGUGUGUUUUCAGCCAUUCAUAAAGGAAUGUUGAGAGAUGGAACUGUUGUCGCUAUAAAGAGUAUCAUAAAAAGUAGCUGUAAAUCUGAAGAAGUCGAGUUUUUGAAAGGGCUGAAUGUUUUGACUUCAUUGAGACAUGAGAAUUUAGUGAGGUUGAGAGGUUUUUGUUGUUCAAAAGGACGUGGGGAGUGUUUUCUUAUUUAUGAUUUUGUGCCUAAUGGAAACUUGUUAAGGUAUCUUGACAUGAAGGAUGAUUCUCAUGUUCUUGAAUGGUCUACUCGUGCUUCCAUCAUCAACGGUAUUGCCAAAGGUAUAGAGUAUUUACACGGGAGUAAACUAAACAAACCAGCACUUGUUCACCAAAACAUAUCAGUAAAAAACGUGUUGCUAGACCAACGAUUCAAGCCAUUAUUGUCUGAUUCAGGUGUUCAUCAGCUUCUGACAAAAGACACGGUUUUCUCAUCACUCAAAGCAAGUGCUGCAAUGGGAUACUUAGCUCCUGAAUACGCCACCACAGGGAGAUUCACUCAAAAGAGUGAUAUUUAUGCAUUUGGGGUUCUUGUUUUCCAGAUUAUCUCUGGUAAACGUAAGUUUGCUAGUGCAGCUAGGUUUGCUGCUGAAUCGUGCACUUUCAUUGACUUUAUUGACCCGAAUCUCCAUGGAAGAUUCUGUGAGCAUGAAGCUGCUAAGUUUGCUAAAAUCGCGUUGAUGUGUACACAUGAAUUGCCUGAGCAGAGGCCGAGUGUUGAGGAAGUUGUACAAGAACUUGGUAAUCCGUUAUGCUAACUUGUUGCUUCUUGUUUCGUUAGAUGCAAUUUAGAAAGUAGUCAGACUAACUUUUUAUUUUUAAGGGAAGUCUUAGAGGUUUUCAUUUGUUGUAGUUUUUGGAGUUCUUUAGUUGUGAAUGCUGUAGUAAAAUUUAAGCUGAAAUGGGAUUUGGAUUCCUGUAGUUGCUUGUAUCGAUGACAUUUGUUCUAUGAAAUGGUAGAAAUUCAUCACAAAAA